AUGUCCUCCAAGCCCGCAGCUAUUCCCCAGAAUGACAAUGUGGCUCACGCCCUCGCCGGCGCCGGCGGCGGCAUCCUGUCUAUGGCCCUAACAUACCCCCUCAUCACGCUCUCCACCCGCGCCCAGGUAGAAUCCAAGCGCGCCGAGUCCCGCUUCCUCGAUGCCGUCCAGCGCAUCAUCGCCCGCGAAGGCAUCGCCGGUCUGUAUGCCGGCAUGGACUCUGCGCUCUUCGGCAUCAGCGUCACCAACUUCGUCUACUACUACUGGUACGAGUGGACCCGCGCCUUCUUCGAGAACGCCGCCGCCAAGGCCGGUCGCGCCACCAAGAAGCUCACCACUGUCGAGUCCAUGAUCGCCGGCGCCAUCGCCGGUUCGGCCACCGUAAUCAUCACCAACCCUAUCUGGGUUAUCAACACGCGCAUGACGACCAGGGGCCAGGUCAAGCCCGCCGACGAGGAGUCCGGCGCUGGUGCGGAGGAGAAGGCGCCUGCCAAGCCUCGCGGCACUAUUGCUACGCUCCUUGCGCUACUUAAGGAGGAGGGUCCCAAGGCUCUCUUCGCCGGUGUCGUGCCGGCUUUGGUGCUCGUCAUCAACCCCAUUCUCCAGUACACGCUCUUUGAGCAGAUGAAGAACUCGCUUGAGAAGAAGCGCAGGAUCACGCCUACCAUGGCCUUCUUCCUAGGCGCUAUCAGCAAGCUCUUUUCCACCACCAUCACCUACCCUUACAUCACCGUCAAGAGCCAGAUGCACGUCGCUGGCGCCAGCGGCAACAAGGAGGGAAUGGUCCAGACCAUUCGCCGUCUGAUGAAGGAGGAGGGCUACGCUGGCCUCUACAAGGGCAUCGGUCCCAAGGUCACUCAGAGUGUCCUAACCGCUGCCUUCCUCUUCGCUUUCAAGGAUGCGCUUUACACGCAGACCAUUAGGCUGCGAUUGGCCGCCGCCAAGAAGGCAUAG